AUGUCUAAAUCGGCCUCUUCAGCAUCAGCAUCAUCAUCUAAACACAACGGCUCUUCGCAUCCGGCGGUGAAUCUUAUCGCCGGCGGAACGGCAGGCCUUUUUGAAGCGCUCUGCUGUCAUCCACUGGACACUAUCAAGGUGCGAAUGCAGAUCUACAAGCGGGAAUCGCAAAAGCCCCCGGGUUUCAUACGCACCGGUGCGGACAUUUACAAAAAUGAGGGUCUUUUGGCCCUGUACAAAGGUCUGGGCGCCGUUGUCCUCGGCAUUAUCCCUAAAAUGGCGAUUCGGUUCACGUCCUACGAGUUUUUCCGCACGCUUUUAGCCGACAAAGAGACCCACGCGGUAUCUACUGCCAACACGUUCCUCGCCGGUGUGGGUGCAGGCGUUACCGAGGCGGUGAUGGUGGUCAACCCUAUGGAAGUUGUGAAAAUACGGCUUCAGGCGCAGCACGUGACCUAUGUGUCUGCAAUGGCACAGACUGCAGGUGCUGUGGGUCACGCAACGGCGACGACGCACGCCGCAACAACGGCAACAGAGAACGUUGUAGCUACGCCUAAAUAUCGGAAUGCGCUGCAGGCCGGCUACGUGAUUUUGAGAGAAGAAGGUCCCGCCGCACUUUACCGAGGUGUUUCACUCACGGCUGCGCGCCAGGCGACGAAUCAAGGUGCUAAUUUCACCGUAUACUCAACUUUGAAACGACAUCUGCAGGAACGUCAAGGAAUCGAGACGUUACCCGCGUAUCAAACUUCGGUCAUUGGGCUUGUAUCGGGUGCCGUGGGACCGUUUUCCAACGCUCCGUUGGACACGAUCAAGACCAGACUUCAAAAGGACAAAUCCACUACCAAAAUGUCGGGAUGGGUCAGAAUCGCGACCAUCGGCAAACAAUUGAUUCACGAGGAAGGAUUCCGGGCUCUGUACAAGGGCAUCACUCCCCGUGUCAUGCGUGUAGCGCCAGGGCAGGCAGUGACGUUCACAGUAUACGAAUUCAUUCGCAAACGUCUAGAAGCCUUCCGUGCACAAAACAUGCGCUGA